AUGGCGCUUUUCAUGGAACCAGAUUUUUUCAACGUUCAGAAACUGUCUGACGACAGGGUCAUAGAUUUCGUCCUAUCCAAAGACAAGGAACAAUUUAAAGAGCCGCAGUUUUUGUGUCCAACAGACUUGGUGAAUGAGCCUGCAACGUCCUCUCUGGAGCCGGACAGAGCAGGACUUGCUGAGGGUCAAAGAAAACGAAAAAGGACGAUCUUCAGCCGUGCGCAGUUAUCGGAACUGGAACGGGCCUUCGUGGUCACGCCAUACCCGGACAUCACGCUGCGGGAGAGGCUGGCUGCGCUCACACACUUACCUGAGAGCAAAAUACAGGUUUGGUUCCAGAACAGACGAGCAAGGAGCAUAAAGAGCGGCAGGCUCAGCAGACCAGUGAAGAGGAGUCCUGGAAGAGAAGGCGGAACCACCUGUUUUCCUCCUCCCCCCAGCCUCCCCGCCCUCGGUCACUCUUUCACCUCAGCCAAACUCGGGGAGCUGGUUGGGCCAGAGCAGCACCAGGCCGACGCUGGGCGGCAGUCCUACUCAGACUGGGUCAGGCAGUACAGCAGCCCUGCCUCACAUCAUCUCCCCCAGCCCCCUCCCCCCGUCUCCCCCGAUCUUCCCGAAUCUGUGCUGUGGGACAGCGGCCAUCGCCCCCACGUCGGUCCCCGGGCCCCCCCAAUGUCCAUUGCAAGGCAAGUCCACCCUGUACAGCAGAGAUGGGACGAGCUCAACCAGCUUUGCGCCGCCACACCAGGGUACAGCCACCCCAGGGCCCAGCCUCACUCUGCCACCCAGGGCAGGUACAGCUGCGCCUCCGUAGACCAGGUGGUUCCCACUCACCCACAGCAGAUAUACUGGGACAUCCCCCACGGGCAGGACCAUCCUUCGGUGGGGCCUCAGACCUCGCUCGGGUACAUCUCCGACCUGAUCUACAAUGCCGCCGUUGUCACAAAUCUGCUGGAGUUCUGAUGCACUCUCACAUCACACAUAUACACACACCAACCUCCACAUAUCACCAUGUUAGAAAGCCCUCAGCACUGCUGUUGAUAUUCUACUCCUUUUUUUGUUCACUCAUCCCCCUUCCAUGCAAAGGCCUUGUUUUGCUUCCUGUAAUCUCAUUGUGUCCCAGUGAAACUACCAUUGCACUGGAAAUCCCACUACGUCUGGGCAUAGAAUAAGCACACAUGUACUGGUAUCUGGAGGACAACAAGAUGACUCAGGUGUUACAUGUCAUGAAUGCUGUUGGGUUUCCUCAGUAAUAUGGAAAUCCAGC